AAUCAUUCACGUUUAUAUAUACAUGAACACAUUGCUAACUUCCUCUUCACCCUUCAAUCAACCUAGCUGCUUCCAAGUCUCUCCCAUUGCAUUCUUAGCCUUCGCCAUACACUGCUCAGAGAGUUCCCUUCGAAGCCAUCAAAGAUGGUUUUGGCUAAUUUUCUAGGUGUGGUCUUAUUGAUGGAGUUAAUAGCAGGUGGUUAUAGAUUUGGAGCAGAUGGCCUGAGCAUGAACUACUAUGUUUUCAAUUGCCCGUUAGCUGAGCCAAUUGUAAGGAGCACAGUGACAAGUGCUUUGCAGUCUGAUCCUACCUUAGCAGCUGCUCUUGUUAGAAUGCAUUUUCAUGAUUGCUGGAUACAAGGAUGUGAUGGGUCUAUCCUACUGGACUCAACAAAGGGUAACACAGCAGAGAAGGAUUCUCCAGGAAAUCUGAGUGUUAGAGGCUUUGAAUUAAUUGAUGAUGUAAAGGAGCAACUUGAAAACCAAUGCCCCGGUGUCGUCUCCUGUGCUGAUAUCGUUGCAAUGGCUGCUAGAGAGGCUGUUUCUUGGUCAGGAGGUCCAGUGUAUGACAUACCGAAAGGAAGAAAAGAUGGAAGAAGGUCUAAAAUUGAAGACACUAUCAAUUUGCCUUUCCCCACUUUUAAUGCCUCUGAGCUCGUUAGAGUCUUUGGCCAACGUGGUUUUAGUGCCCAAGACAUGGUUGCUUUGUCUGGGGCACAUACGCUGGGAGUGGCAAGGUGCUCAUCGUUCAAAACUAGGUUGAGUGACCCUGUUGAUCCAACUAUGGACUCAGACUUUUCAAAGGCAUUGGCCAAAACAUGCAGUGGUGGAGACAAUGCAGAACAACCGUUUGACGUCACAAGAAAUAAUUUCGAUAGCUUCUACUUCCAAGCAUUGCAAAGGAAAGCUGGAGUCCUAUUUUCAGACCAAACCCUAUACAAUAGUCCAAAAACCAAAGCAAUUGUCAAUAACUAUGCUAUGAACCAGGCCAUGUUUUUCUUUGAUUUUCAACAGGCAAUGGUGAAAAUGAGCUUGCUUGAUGUUAAGGAAGGGUCAAAAGGAGAAGUAAGAGCAGAUUGCCGUAAAGUAAACUAAAUGUUGUGAGAUGGUUCUUGUAGAUUAAGAGAAGAGACUUGUCCUUGAGUAGAUUAUUGAUGAUUCCGGUCUUAUAUGUGAUGGAUUAUCCUUGUACUUUUUGUAUACUUUGUUUAAAGAUGCAAUAAAAUUAUCAAUAAAGAGUGUGGUUCUAUU